AUGAACGAAAAAGGACAGAGAUCCUUUUCACAGAAGAAACGAUGUAUAUGGGCGCCACUCGAAAAACCGCUUACGGAUGUAUUACAGAAAUACUGCCGUUUUGUUGCCAGUUAUCCGGUAUCAUUUAUUAUCAUCUCAGUACUGACAACCUGCAUACUUUCCUCCGGUAUUUUUCUCAAAUUUGAAAUUGUCAGAGGAGUACAUUAUUUAUACACACCGCUACGAGCUCAAUGGAAGUUGGAAAAUCAAGUAUUCCAGGAUAGCUGGGCCAGCAAAGAUCAUCGGUUUUAUCCCGGUAAAGAUAUAUUCCGCAGAAAAAGCAUUUAUCUUCUUAUCCUUGCCAAAGAUAGUGGUAACAUCUUGCGAAUGCCUCAUACUGGUGAAUUCUUGAUGCUUCUCGAUUGGGUUACUAAUGAAACAUUCACUACUGUUGAUGGGCUACAGUACACAUACCGUAAUAUAUGUUUGCACUACCAUAACGAUUGCUUUGAACAAGCGCAUGCUCGUUUUAUCGCCGAUAUAUUUCAUCGUGGUGACCAGGGUCAUUUUAAUGUGACCUAUCCAUUAUUCAAGUCACAAUUUUCAACCGAGGCAACUGAUCUAUCGCAAACACUUGGAGGAGUACAGAUGAAUUCCAAACAACAAAUUCAAACAGCCAAAGCAUGGAUGGUUCUUUAUCAAUUGCAGCAAAACUCUGAACUUAAUCAGAAACUGAGCUUGUUAGUGCCUGAGUAA